AUGCCGCCGAGCACCAACAUGGUCCCCGAAACACCUCCGGGUAGAGGUAUAUCCUCUCGUCUGUUGACGAUGAAGUUCAUGCAAAGAGCUGCUGCCUCGGAUGCUACGCCGGAACCUUCUCCCGAAGAGCCCUCAUCUAAGCGGCGCAAGUUCCAAAACUCGCCCCUCACCGGCGACUUUCACUCCUUCGAUCAAACAGCCGUUCAGGCGGCUCUGAAGCAACAAGAAGCUAAGCGCUUGUCGGCAUUAGAGGCGUCUAGAGCAGAGCUUGCAGACACGCACUGGGUUCUUGAUGGUGCUUGGGGCAAGUCCACCGAGACAGAGAAUGCGCCGCCGAACAUUGUUUAUGUAGGAUACGCGGAUAUCGAUGUUGCCGAUGGAGAGGAGGAAGCCGCAGCCACUGCCACUGCACAGGUUGGGAGGAUGAAAAUUGAAAGUAACAGAAAGAAGGCUACUAAGGAUGCCAAGAAGGAGACACCCAAAAAGACGAAGCCCGAGUCGAGCGACUCCGAGGGCUCUAGCGAUUCCGACGACUCCAGUAAUGAAUCCAGUGACGAAGAUGAAGCCUCCUCAAGCGACGAAGAUGCUUCGAUUAAAACACCCCCGAAAGCCGUAAAAGGCCUCGCGUCUGGCGGCCAGGGGCGCACAAGGGUCAAUCUACAAGCGAAGAAAUCAAGCGAGUCUAUGAAGGCCAAGGAAUUCCGGGAGAAGAGAAUGAAGAAGGAAGUCAAAUUAAAUAAGCUGGCAUCUAUCUCCGGCGGUGCUACAGGCGGCUUCUCCGGAGCAGGAAAACCGAACGCGCCCUUCAACUGCCACAACUGCAACAAGCCGGGGCACAGGGCCGCCGACUGCCCACAGCGACGAGGAGGCAAGCGGAAGUCGUUUGAUAGAUCACGAUGA